AUGCGGCGGAAGAAUCUCCUUCCUGCUUCAACCAGCCCUCCGUGGCUGCAGGCUUUGAGGACACCGAUGAAGGCGACGUCGGUGGGGAUCACUCCCUCCCGCUCCAUCCUAGCAAACUGCUCGACGGCGUCGUCGGCGCGGCCGUGCAGGGCCAGGCCGCUGAUCACUGCGCUCCAGAUGAUGGGAUUUCUCCUCCUCCUGCUCGGAAUUUCCUCGAACACCUGCAGAGCCCUCUCUAUGCUCCCGCACUUGGCGUACAUGUCCACGAGAGCGGAGCCGAGCACGUCGUCCACUUCGAUGUCGUUCCUCGUAGCGUACGCGUGA